GCUCGGACCCUCAGCUUUGCAGGGUGCCAUAAGGGGCGACUGUUUUCUGGAGCGGUGUGCUCGGGGAGGGGCAUCCUCCCCCCUUCUCCGGAACCGCCCCCAGAGCUCCCACCGUAGGGUCGAGCCAGCCAGCUGUUUGCUGAACAUGUCUGACCUCCUCUUGCAGAUGAAGACAGGGCUGACUUGGACCUGAAUUUGACCCGGUCCCAUUCUGGAGGCGAGCUCGAGAGCUUAUCCCGCGGGAGAAGGAGCCUGGGUAAGAGUGAGGGUGAGCAUGGUGACCCCUCAAAGGUGGGAUCCAGGGAGGGAGAAUUGGGGGUAUGGCCAGACCCAGGCUGGUGGGCCAGCUUCUUCGUCCUGACACUUAGGAUUGAGCGGAGCUAAAAAAAUGUAAGUGGGGUUCCCUGGUGGCCCAGUGGCUUAAGGAUCUGGCGUUGUCACUGCUGUGGCUUGGGUCACUGCUGUGGCAUGGGUUCGAUCCCUGGCCUGGGAGUUUCCACAUGCUGUGGGGGUGGCCCCCCAAAAAAGUAUAACCAUCCUUAAAUUCACUAUCAAG